AUGCAUACUGCAAAGCCCAGGAUGGUGGUCCCAUAUGGCCUCAAGACUCUACUUGAAGGAGUGAGCAGAGCAGUUCUCAAAGCUAGUCCCUCCAACAUCACUGAGUUUGCUGCUGAGUAUUUCAAAGAACUGAUAGUUUUUCGAGAAGAACAUCCUAAUCUGGAUAUCAAAGAACUGGUGAGAGAAUUUCAUAUGACAAGAGUGGAGGGAUGGGCAGAAGGACCAGGAGCAGCAACACAGAUGCCCCGUUCUAAAAGGGCAGAUGUUGGAGAUGCAUUUCGGUCAGAUCUUGACACAAUUCCAAUUCAUGAUGAACCCAAACGGAAGGAGAAAUCGACUGACACAGAAGAGGACCAGAUAAGCGAAGAGUCUCGUGAACUGAGCACCAAAACUACUCAAUUCCCAUCUAUUGUUGACGAAUUUUUAGAAAAGUCUGGGGACGACAAGGGAGCAGGACUUGCCUAUAUCCCGGCUGAUCCAGCUCAGCUAGCAGCACAAAUGCUAGGUAAUGUUGAAACGAUGGGUACUGAGCCUGAGUUGAAGGAUGUGGCCAUCUCUGUGCAGACCCUUCCUACGUUGUCCCACACUGCUAGCGAGGCAAUGGCCGCGAUUGCACUUGGCCAACCAGCUGCUCCAGAACCUGCCCCUGAACCUGCCCCUGAGCCUGCCCCAGAGCCUGCCCCUGAGCCUGCCCCAGCAGAAGCAGAAGCAGAACCUGCUGAGGUAGAAGCAGAACCUGCUGAGGCAGAAGCAGAACCUGCCCCAGCGGAAGCAGAGCCCGCCCCAGAGGAAGCAGAACCCGCCCCAGAGGAAGCAGAACCCGCCCCAGAGGAAGGGGAAGCUGCCCCAGAGGAAGGGGAAGCUGCCCCAGAGGAAGUAGAAAACAGAACCUCUGCACCUUCUCUCAGGGCUGGAUCAAUCACUCAAAGUCAGAGCUCCGUCCAGGAGGAAGUAGCUACCUCGGGCAGCCAGGGGGAGCAGCCACCCGCUGACCUAGUAGAACAAGCUUCCUCAGAUCCCUUGCAGGAAGGAGAGCCACCCCCGCCGCUACCACCACCGCCUCUUGAUAAAGACCUGUUGCAGGCAGAGGGUUGCCCAAGUGAAAUUGAGCUCACAUCAGACAUACACAUCACACCCGUGGGUGAUGAUGACCCCAGCGCUGGUGGAGAGCCUGUACCACCACCUUAUGUAGAGCAGUUUCCACAGCAGAUAGUCAUUCCUUUCGUAGACACAGUAGCCUGUCUCUUAGAUCCACUAACGGCUUCACUAAAUUCAGGCCAGUUUACUAGUAUUCUAGAUCCAUCUGCAGAUGAUGCAGAAUGUGACCCUGACAGAAUGGAUACUACAGAGCAACUGAAAUCAACUGACCCAGGUUUUAUUAUGUCAGUUGCCAUACCUCUGGAAGAUGUGAUGAAUGGGAAGAUGGGCUCAGGAUCUGGGGAUAAAGCAGCUUUUGCAGGCAGUUAUGGUAUAGCAGGAGAAAUCACAUUUACGACUGCCUCUGUACGCAGGACAGAAUAG